UUGAUAGUAGUGGAAUAGUUAUGGUUUUACGUUAAAAAAAAAAAAAACCAACAGUGUUUAGGAAAGCAUGGAUUUUUUAUGAAAUUAUCGUAAGGCGAUUAAACACGAUACCGAUGUGUGUCCAGUGUUUUUAGAUAGUGAGCGUUUUCGGUUAUUGUCAGGUCCGCGGGCUUGAAAAACCGCAUCGUGCGCGUAUUAGCGUGAUUGUUUCUGUCGAGGACUGCGUACAUCGUGUACGGCGUCAUGUCCUCCCUGAGACAAGUGAUGCAGAUCAUCGGUUCGCACCACAUUUCUGAUCAAUUACUGGAAUCUGAUUGCCCCAAGUCCGGUGGUCUAAUUUCCAACGGCGGAUAUGCGUGGUUCGCCGCCGGAGCAAACAUCAUACUUUAUUCGAAACAGCUAGGAUCUAUUGUUUCGUCUCGGUCGUUUGCCGCAAAUCAAAAGGACAAAUCGUUGACGAUUACAUCUAUUCAAGAAUUACCCAAAAGCGAGGAUACAACUAACUUACUUUUGGUUGGAUGUUCUUUUAAAUCUUAUGGAUUAUUAUUUAUAUGUCAAUUGCCAACAUUAACUACAAUUCGUUGUAUUCAUAUACCAAAUCCAAUAUCCUACAUUUCUACCAUAAAAAAUGAAACCCUGGCUGAAGAUCAACUUUGCGAUGAAUUUAAAAUAAUGUCUACUGUAUUGUUAGUUGGUAUGGCAACUGGAGCAGUUUUUGCAAUUGAUUUAAGACAGCGUCACAUUGAAAACCAAUUAAGAAGAAAUGAAAUUGUUGUAAAUGAAUUAAGGCCUAAUAAAUUAUUCUUUAUAAGAAAAAAUGAAGAUUGCCAAGAAGUUAAAGAAAUGAGUGAUGACAGUGAUUGUCAUUUAGCAAUAUUUAUAAAUGAAAAUUUCUGUAGCUAUUGUAAAAAACAAUACAGUGGUAAAUUAAAUUUCAAAAUAUCAAGUUUGUUAUAUAAUGAAGAAAUCAAUACUGUUGCAAUUGGAUAUUCUACAGGCCACUUUCAACUAUGGGACUGUAAAAUGAUGCGGACAAUAUAUUUAUUAAAAGAACCUAAAUGUGUUAUGCCAGUAACUCAUAUUACAUUUCUUGAACCAUCUGAUGAUCCAAACAAUCUAUGUUAUCUUUGGGUUAUUCAAUCUGAUAAUUCUAGACUUCCAAACGCAAUGAUGAUUGCCUUAACAUAUGAACAUAGAAUUAUGAUGUCAAACGGAUGUUUGUCUUACAGAGUGUUCAAAGGAAAUGGUGUUAAAUUAGAAAUGUCAUUACGUAGAGAAACUGGAAUUGGUCGAUGUAUAUCUGCAUUAAGUUUAUGUAAUGUAAACUUAUCCAGAAAUGAAAAUGAUAUGGAUGAAGAUUGUGAAAUAAGAUUAUUUGCAAUGUUAAUGGAAAUUCGUCAAAAUGUAGAUGCCAGCCCUGAAUCAUACAUUUUUUUGUUUGAUAUUAACCAGUGGUAUAAAGCCCAGAUGCCAUCAAUUAUAAGCCAUUUUAAAGUAUCAAAUUCUUAUGCUAGUUUUGUAAAAUUGCCUCAUAAUGCCAGUUAUUUAGAUUUAAAUAUUUCUGACAAAACAUUACGCCCAUUUGGAUAUAAUUUUAGAAAUAAUGUUGAAGAACUCUAUUAUCCAUCUUCAAUAUAUUUUGAAUGUGAUUGUUUACUAGACACUGAAAUUAUUAGAUUUAAACAUGCUGGUGUUCAACAAGAAAUUUUGGAUCAAUUACUUUUAAAAAAUUGGAGGUUGUUAAUAAAUCCCAGUUUAAUAUUCAGCCAAUGUUUACAAACAAAUUUAAGACCAUUCUUUUGGGAUAAAACAGAUGAUUAUGUAAAUUACAGUUUGCCUGAUAAAAGAAGUUUUGUAAUAUCAAUUAUAGUAGAAAAUAGAAUUAUGUCAGUUCUUAGUGCGUGUGCUGAAGAGUGGAAAAAUGGAACUUAUGUAUCUAGCGAAGCAACUAUUUUACAUUUAGUUCAAUGUCUUUGGAAACAUGUCAUGGUUGUUAAACAAUAUGCGGAUAAAUUAUGUGUUCCUUUAUUUGACUAUUCUGGUACACAGCUGGGUAAAAAAAAUGAGAGGAUAUUAAAUCAUUGCUUAUCUCAAAUGUUGUGUGUCAAACAUUUCCUAGAAGAUUUGCAUAGUGCAUAUGGUAUACAUAUAAUAAAUGUUGACUAUUCCUAUCGUGUAUAUACAUUAAAUUUGGUUACUCAAUAUUUUAAAGCAGUAACAUGUUUUCUUAACUAUGGACUUUUACCAGAAUCCAUUGAAGAAGAUCCUACUCAGAAACUCAUACAAUGUGAUUUUUCUUCUCUUAUCCAGUAUGCUAUUAAACGUCGAAUGGAAUUUGGAGAUAUGCCAUUAUAUCUUAUUGAUGCUUUUGUGACUAAUGAACCUAAAGGAAAUAAAUUAGUCGAACAAUGGCAACACGAAGGUGGUGAAGCGACCAAAGGAAUGUAUCCACCUUCUAAUGUUCAAUGUCUAUUAAGAAUAUAUUUGAAUGCUGCACUUUCAAAUCAAGUCAAAGAUUUCAUUACAAUUUAUUUUUUGAUUGACAUUUGUUCAUCCCAAGAGGUGGAUGUAAUGACUGCCAAUCGUAUGUGUAAUUUUGCCGUUGAAUUUGAUAUUGAAAAUAAAGAAUUGAAUACUCUUUGCCGUGCUAGCUGGUUAUUAGAUCAUGACAUGUUUGAAGAAGCUAUGGAUAUUCUAGCUAAAAAUAAUGAAUGGAUGGUUAAUGAUGAAUCUUGGGAUUGGUAUCAUUGGACAGUGCUAAAAUUACUCGUAUUUAAAAAACAAUUUUUUUGGGCACGGUUUUACAUACAACUUACUAAAAUAAAUUUAAUCAACAUAAACGAUCACAAGUUUUAUAUUAAUUUGUUGAUAAUGAAUAAUCAAUGUUUCGAUACUUUAAUUUAUUUACGAGCAAGACCCUUUAAAGAAAAACAAACUUUGUUUGAGUAUUUCUUCGAUCGAUGUAGAGAAACAAAAAAAUUAAAAUGUUUGAUAGAGUAUCUCUGGGAAACUGAGGAAGCAGAACUAUUUUUAUCUUAUUUGAAAAGAUUCGAUGAUACUGAAACAUUAACUUUUCAACUGUUAUUUUUGUUACAGCGAGGAAGACACAGAGAAGCUAUUAAAUUAAAUCAAACUUUAAAAGCUUGUUCUAAAUCAAAUAGUAAUGACGUAUUAAAAAUUACUAGUGUUUUAAUUGAUGGACUUGAAAAAACUAUUCCUAAUAUUAUGAAUCAAAAUGAUGGUCGUCUUUCUGAUCGAAGUAUAUAUAAAAAACCAAAUGUUGUUGUACAAUGUAUGAAUAACGAAAGCAAAAUGUUUAUAAUGGAUAGGAAUAAAACAAGUACUUUGGUUAAAAGAAAGAGUGAAUCUUUUACACCGUCAAGUUCAAUUGAUCUUUUCUUACCAGCAAAUACUAAUACAAAGAAGCGGUCACCUGUAGAUGAUUUAAUUUUUAAUGAAAAACGAAGAAAAUUAGAAGACGAUUCAUUAAGUACUCCAAAAACUGUUAAUGACAUUGUGAAACCAAUUGAAAAACAAGUAUUAGAAAUACUCAAUACACCGUUAGUUGAAAAGUCCAUUAGAUCACCAUCAAUUUCAAGCUACUCAUCAAUUUUAAAAACAAAAUUAGCUACAAACAAUAAACAAAUAAUGUCAUUAAAUAUUGAUAAGACUCUAAGAUCUUCAAUAAGAUUUAGUCUACCUUGUAAUGAUGACACUACAGUUAAAAGAAUUGACCCUGAAGAAAUGGUAAAUGUACAACACACCGAUAAUCCAGAAAAUGAAAGUUUUUACAGUGUUGGUAGUAGUGAUGUCAAUGAUUUAACAAAUCAAAUGACCUCUGAUGAAAUACCAAUAAAUUUCCAGGAGUCACUUAAAGAUGAUUCUAAAAUUAAUAUGAGUCAUGAAUAUGAAAAAAUGGAUAUUUCUGAAGAAAAUUCAUGUUCUGAACAAGAACAAUUUGAAAUUGAUAAUGUGUCCGAAAAUGAAAUGAAAAAUAAGGAAAUAUUUUCAAGUACAGAAAAUGAUGAAUGCAUUAUAUUAACAUCUGAUGAAGAGGACAACGAAGAAGUGCAAGUAUUAGAAUUAUUACCAAAAGAUACAAGUUUAACUUUGAAAGAAGAUAUUAAAUUUUCUACUCCAGAGUCUGUUAAAAUAGAAGAGAAGAAAACCUCAAAUCCACUUUCUAAUACCUUGAAUCCUUCUGAUAUUGAUAGUGAUUGUCUUAUUCCAGAUAACCAAGAGUUAAUGAAUAUAAGUAGUAAUGAAAAACCACUAUUUAAUGAAACUACAACAGAUUGUUUAAAAUCAGGUACAACUUCUAAUGACUCUCACCCAGUACUAAAAACAAAUAAAGAAAUUGAUGUAAUUUUACUGGAUUCAGAUGAGGAUGAAAGUGAAGUUUUCUCUGAUAAUUCAUCCAGUGAUAAGUCAUUAGAUGGUAGUAUAAUAUCAGAAGACAGUGAUAUGGAAAAUACAAGAUAUGGUAGAUUUAAAUCUCAUAGAAGUCGAGAUGCUGAAGAUAGUAAUGAUGACGAACUUGAAGAUGAAAAUGAGGAAGAGGAACAAGAAGAAGAAGAAGAAGAAGAAGAAGCAGAAGAAGAAGAAGAAGAAGAAGAAGAAAAAAAUGAAGAGAUAGAUAUUUCAGAACACUAUGUUGAAGAUUCAGAAGAGUCUGAAGGAGAAGUGAACUCAAAAAAAUAUAAUUACCCAUGGUCAAAAGAAGAUGAUAAUGUUUCAGAUUUACAUAAUGAAGUAUGUGAAGAAAGUAAUUUGAAACAUCCUUGCAUAGAUGAUUUAGAUCAACAAAGUGUUAAAUUUGAAGAUGAUAAUGAAGAAAUAGAAAUUAAUAACUAUCACAUUACACAUUCUUAUGAAAAUGAAGAAAUGGAGUCUGAAAAUAGUGUAAAAAGAAAUAAUGAUGAUAACUGUGAGAAUAAUUCAGGCCAUGUUUUAUUUAUUAAUGAAGAUAAAGAUAAUAGUUUAGAUGAUCAGGAAUGUAUUGAAUAUGUUACAAAUGAUGAAUACUCAGAAAAUUUAGAAGAAAAUUUGUUAAAUGUAAAUGAAGACAAUUCAAGAGAAUCAGAUGUCAUACUUGAUGAUGCAAGUGACGAAAAUAAUUCAGUAGAAUCAGAUAUUAUUAUUGAUGAAUCAAGCGACGAAAAUAAUUCAGAAAAACAAGAUGUUACUUUUCAAGAUGAAAAUGUUGAUAAUACAGAUUUACUAAAUGUAAUACAUGAUGGUGCAAGAGAAGAAUACAACUCUUAUGAACCAACUGACAUACUUGGUAAAAAAGUUGAAAAUCUAGAAGAACCUGAUGUUACAAUUGACGACACUAGUGAAGAAAAUAGUUCAGAAGAACUUGAUGUUACAAGUGAAGAAAACAAUUCAGAAGAACUUAAUUCCAUAACUGAUGACGCAAGUGAAGAAAGCGGUUCAGAAGAAUCAGAUGCUAUACUUAAUAGUGAAAAUGAAGAAAAUAAUUCAGAAGCACAUGAAGAUCCAAAUGAUCAAACCAGUUCUGAAGGGUCUAAUAUCAUUCUCCAUGAUGAAUGUUCAGCAAAUAAUUUAAAAUCGUUUGAAACUUUAAACAAUGAUAAAACAUUAGAAAAGAAUGAAUUUAUUGGCUCUAAUAAAAUGAUAGAUUUUAUUGAUUCACAGCCCAAUUUAUUAGAAAAUCUUGCUGAAGAUAUUCAUUCAAAUGAUGACAAUCAGAUAUGUGAUGAAGAAAAUGAAAGUUCUAAGUAUAUUAUAAUCGAAAAUGACAUAAAAGAUGAUUCAAAUGUAGUAGAAGACAAUGAUAAUGUUAUUAAAGUAGUAGAAAAUACAGAUAAAGACAAUAAGAUAAGUGCGCCUAUUAAUCUAGAUGACAUUGUAACCAAUGAAGAUGAUUUAUGUGUUGACCAGAAUGAAGAUAACCAUAGUGAUGAGAAUACAUCUUCCAAUAAACAUCAUUCUUUUGAAACGUUAAGAAAUGAAUCCAAUCCCAUACCUGAUGAUGGGUCUAAUCAUCAUAGUAUGACUGAAAUUGAAUCAGAUCAAAUAGAAGUAGAUGCUAAUCAAUCGACUCAGUUUAUGUUUGGGGAUUCAUUUUUUGGUCAACAAGAAAUUCCCAAGAAAAAAUCCAUGCUUCUAUUUGGACAUGUAUAUUCUUUUGAAAAUGAACAGUUGAAUGUAAAUUCACAAGCCGAUGAACUUGAAACCCAAGAUUUAGUUGUAGUUAAUUCUAAAGAAGAUGUUACUAAUAAAGAACUAGAAGUUGAAGCAGAGGGUGAAAUUCAAGAUAUAUUAGAGCUAGAAUCAUUACCAGAAAGUAAUCCAGACGAUAAUAUUGAUACACAAAAUAAUAAAGACACUAAUAAUUUACAACCAGAAAUCAAAGAAUUUAAUGAAACAUUAAAUGAAAAUGGCCAAAAUGUUUUAUUAGGUGAUUCCAAUCUUCAAAAAACUAUUUAUUUUGAAAACACGGAUACUGUAAAAGUAUUAAAUAUUGAAAAGCAAAUUCAAAAUGUAAGUGUGGAUUCAUCAAAAAAAUCUCUUGAACUAGAAAAUGAAGAUUUGACAAAUAAUGAAUCUUGUGAAUCACUUAAUAUUAAACAAAGAAAUCAAUCCAUACUGAAUGAAUCAGAAGAACAAAUGUAUAAAGCAGAAAACAUUCUAACAAAUAAUGUUGAAAUUUAUACUAAAAAUUCUGUAGAUACAAUGGAAACUGAUGUAUCAUCUUUUAUCAUUGUAGAUGAUGAAAAAACUUGUUCAGUACUCCAAAAAAAUGUUGAAACAAUAACUCAGCCAAAACAAUUAAUGAAUAUCAUGAAUAUACAGAAUGAAGAACUUAAUGCUAAAUGUACUACAACAGUUGAGUCUUGUUCGUCUAACAAUGAGCAGUUUGAUAAUUUCAAUGAUAAUUAUCAAUUAGUUAAAUCUAAGGAUAUUGCACUUCAACAAGUUGAUACUAAUGUAAAAACAUCUACGGAAGAAAAAUAUUCUGUUGAUGAAGUACAAAAUUGCUAUCCUAUUUCAUUAGAACCAAGUAAAACGCUAAUAAAAAUUUCAACGCAUGAUAAUCCUAUUGAUACAAGUGAAAAAAUUGAGCUACCAUUUGAAAAAGAUGUAAUUAAAUUAGAGUCCGCAGACAUAACUAUUAUCCCACAAUGUCCAGAUGUUUCUAGUAAUAUUCAAAAUCUGGAAAAUAAAAACAAACCAAAUUUAGUCGAAAAACUUGAAAAAUCUGUUACAAGUUAUCAGAAAAGCAAUCUGGAUAUUCCGCAAGUUGAAAACUAUAGUUUGCGUUCAUCUUCAAGAAGAAGUAUGUCUAAAACAAAAGACUGCUGUUCGUUGGAUAUUCUCUCUGAAAAAGAACAAAAAUUAACUCGUGGCAAAAAUAAUUUGUCAUCUGACCCAAUUCAAGAAGAUAAAACAAAGAAAGCCAAAUCAAUUUCAUCAGCUGAUACUAAAAUAAUAACAACUAGAUCAAGAGCUAAAAGUGAACCUAAACAAUUUCAAUUGGAAACUAUGUCUUCAAAUAUUUUCCGCAGUUCUGAUAUGGUUGAAGAUAAUAGUAGACAAGUUAGAGUAUCGUUAUCGAAAAAAAAAGAAAAUAUUUCAUCGAUAAAACGCAGAAGUGGACGAUCAAAAUCUUUAGCUCCUGUGGAAGAAUCAGUAGCUACCAAUAGAAGAACUGUGUUUGGCUUAGAAGAAAUACCCGAAGAAGAUACUUCAAACGUGGAAAAAAGUAUUCCAAAAACUGAACGUGUAGCUUUAAAAAGAAAAUCAAAAUUCAAUUUCUUAACUAAUAUAUCAAAAAAAAUAGAACAUGAUAAUUUAAACACAAAAUGUCAACAAAAUACAAAAUUAAGAACUCCAAGAAAAUCUAAAUCAGUUGAGCCAGACCCUGUUCUAACAUUUUCUGUUGUGAAAACAAAACCAAAACGUAGUUCAAGUGUAAAUAUAUUAAUUUCAAAUGAUGAGAUUCCUACUCAAAAAGAUGAUUUAAUAGGAGUUUUAAAAAAAGCAUUGAAUUCGCCCAAAAAAAUAAGAAAACGUUCAGUUACAGAGUCACUCAAGAGUAGAAAAAAACAAAAAAUCCUAAAUCAAGUUGAGGAUGAAAAUAAUGAAGUUGCUGAAUGUGAAUUUAAUUUAGAUGAGUCUGAUCAAAGUAAUCACAAUUCUAAUUCCUCUUAUUCUUGUGAACAAUUAUCACCAAUAGCUGGAAACAUUUCUCAACAUAUGUUGUAUACUCCAGCAAAAAAACGUACUAAAAUACGUAUGGCUAACUUAAAUUCUGAAAAUGAAGAUUCUUCUUCAGAUGAAUCAACAGAUUCCAAACGUAUUAUGACUAGAUCAAUGAUUCAAAAUUCUAGUAAUAUAGAAUUAGAUCCUCUUCACCAUACACUCAAAAGUGAAAUCAAGUCAUCAGUUAAAUCAAAAGUACCUAUUAACAGACAAAGAAGAUCAUCUGUUAGCAACACAUCUAAAAUUCAAUCUCCAAAGAAAUCAGCUACAUCUCAUUUUGAAAAGGAUGAAUCAUUGCCUAAACGCAAAAGUACAAAGAAAACAAUUGUUCGUGGAGCAAUAGAACCAUUAAUAGAACCACCUACUUCAGAAAGACGUAUGACACGUUUUCAACAAUCGAUAUUAGAUAAAUCAUUACAGUCCACGUCUGUUAUUGGACAAGAUACGACAACUAGUAACAUCACUGUGCCAAAACCAGGAAAGAAAAAAAAUAUUAAAAAAACCAAUUUAAAAAAAUCUAGUAAUUAACAUUAAUAUAAAGUUAAUAUCUAUGUUAAUAGAAAUAUAUCUUGGUUUAUUACAAAUAAUUAAACUUAUAAAUUGUCUUAAACUUAGAUUGUGUCAUAUGUUGUUAUUAUACAUAUACAUGUUUAAAUAUAAAAAUAUAGAUUUUCAUCUUAGUCUAGUUAUGGCCUUGUAAGAUUGAUUAAAAAUGUAAUAUUAAAAUUAAACUCUAA